GGCGUGGUCUGCGGGAGGGGUGCUCGCGCGGCGCGGUGCGCAUGGCGGGGCCGGUGAAGGACCGGGAAGCCUUCCAGAGGCUCAGCUUCCUGUACCAGGCUGCCCACUGCGUCCUUGCCCAAGACCCCGAAAACCAGGCUCUGGCGAGGUUUUACUGCCACACGGAGAGGACCAUCGCGAAGCGGCUCGUCCUGCGGCGGGACCCCUCGGUGAAAAGAACCCUCUGUCGAGGCUGCUCGUCCCUGCUCGUCCCGGGCCUCACCUGUACCCAGCGCCAGAGACGCAGCAGGGGACAGCGAUGGACAGUGCAGACCUGCCUGACCUGCCAACGAAGCCAGCGCUUCCUCAAUGACCCUGGACAUGUGCUCUGGGGAGACCGGCCUGAAGCCCAGCUGGGAAACCAAGCAGACCCUAGACCACCGCAGCCUCUGCCUACCACAGCACCCCCCAUGCCAGCCCACCUUCCUGAGGAGAAAGCGCAGCCUCAAAGCUCCAGUCACCAGUGAUGAAUUCACCCUUCUACCAAAUAAAGUUUAGUUGUUUCACUU